AUGAUCCGUGGAAAGGCCGUGUUCCUCAAGUUCUUUACGCCUUGGUGUGGGCAAUGCAAGACCAUGAAGCCAGCCUGGGAUGCCCUGAUGGAGGACGAGUACAGAGAUGACGAAAGUGUGCUGGUGGCAGAGGUCGAUUGUGAAGGGAAUGGCAAAGCCAAGUGCAAAGAAAUGGACGUGAAGUCUUACCCUGCUGUGAAGCUCCUCGGCCUUUACACCGGUGAAGACUACACUGGCGGCCGUGACCUUCCGAGCUUGCAGAAGUUCGCUCAGGACCUGACGCCUGCUUGUGGUCCAGAGAGGCUGGACUGGUGUGACAACAAGCGCAAGAAGCAAGUCCAGGGCUACAUGGACUUGCCUCCAGAGGAGUUGGAUGCCAAGGUCAAGGAACAGGAGGACUCCCUGGCAGCAGUGCAGAAGGACCGGGAUGGGUGUCUUCGAUUUUUUGCUUUUGCUUGUCUCCCUCCUGCACCAGAACGCUCACACAUCUUCACACCGAACGCUCUGGACGCGUCUAGGCUUGUCGCGGCUCAACUGGGUGGAUUCUUCCGGGUCGCGUCGGCUGGCGGCGGCUUUUCUCACUUCACCCGUCUUUCCAUGCACAUUCGCAGGGUUCCUGGGCGGUGGAAGGGCCCUUUCGCCAGGAGGUGGAUGACCUACUGCAAAGCAUGCAGAAGGAAUACGCUGAAGCACGGCAGCGGAAGGUCCUGGACCUCAGAUGGUGGGACACGCGAGUGCGCCUUCUUGUAUUGUUUUUCUCCAAUUGUGUCGUGGAAUCAGCGACUCACAUCUGUGCCAUUCGAUGCUCCCACCCCCAACGUGCCUAACUUCCCACCCAGCGACUUUCCGAAAAAGACCGGGUCUCCGACGCUCUCCGCCCCAGCGCAGCGGGGUCGAAGAGAACCCAUGAGGAAGAGAAGGUGGACGAGAUCCGGCGCGGCGGGCUUGGACUCCUGA